AAGAGGGAUGCUCUUCCCACUCGCCGAUGCGGAGGAGUCUGUCAUGCUUUGUUUCACGAACCAGUGAUUGCAGCUUUUAAUUUAUUUUCACGAUGAGCAUCAUCACGAUGAAGGGAAUGUAGUUGCUUUGAUUAGUUGCCCGACAUGACUUUCGAAGUGGAUUUGGUGUUGAUGAUCACCGCAUAUUUGUGGUGUGUUAUCGGCCACGUGGACACACUGCCGGCUACCCUGAAGAUAGGCGUGAUGUUCACAGAAGAUCAAAAAGAGAGCCCGACGGAGCUGGCAUUCAAAUACGCAGUCUACAGAAUCAACAAAGAUCGAAACAUUUUGCCAAAUACGACUCUCGUAUAUGAUAUCCAGUAUGUGCCAAAAGAUGACAGCUUCCACGCUUCAAAGAGAGCUUGUCUGCAAGUCAGUUCAGGGGUGAAUGCGAUCUUCGGUCCCCAGGAUUCCCUGCUGGGCAGUCACGUCCAAUCCCUGUGCGAUGCCCUCGACAUUCCCCACAUUGAAUCUCGGGUGGACAUGGAACCUGAGAUGAAAGAAUUUUCCAUUAAUCUGCACCCCAGUCCUCGAAUAGUUGGCUCCGCCAUUCGAGAUCUCAUCCAUUAUCUAAACUGGACGAAAGUGGCCAUCAUCUACGAGGAGGAUAUGUCUUUGAUCAGCCUGCAGGAACUGAUUCGGCCUCCUGUGAAAAGGGACCUGCAAGUAAUCUUCCGCAAGACCAGUGUGGACACGUUUAGGGACACUCUCAAGGACAUUCGGAGUCGAGGGAUCUUCAGCCUUGUCGUGGACACCAGACCGCAGAAUCUGCCUCAUCUUUUGCAAGCAGUUCUCCAAGUACAAAUGAAUGAUUAUAAAUAUUAUUAUCAUUUCACUACAUUUGAUUUAGAAACAUACAAUUUAGAAGAUUUUAAAUACAAUUUUGUAAAUAUGACGUCGUUUCGAAUGACAGACAAUGACCAAAUUUUGGUUAGACAUGUCCUAAAAGACAUGGAAAAGUUUCAGCCAGUUGGACAGCACAUUUUAAACAGGACAAAUAUUAUUAAGGUGAAACCUGCCCUUAUGUUUGAUUCUGUAUACGCUUUAGCGGAAGGGCUGCAUUCACUACAACAAGGCAUGGACCUACGACCUGCCAAUGUGUCUUGCGAAGAGGAAGUUCCUUGGACUGAUGGCAGCAGUCUUUUUAACUACAUUAACUCGGUAGAAUUUGCAGGCUUGACUGGAAAAGUGCAGUUUAAAGAAGGGAGAAGGAGCAGCGUGAAAUUUGAUCUGCUGAAACUUCGGGAAAACAGUUUAGAGAAAGUCGGUGAAUGGACGACUGGAGGUGGAUUAAACAUCACAAAUCAUGCAGUAUUUCAUGAGUUUGGAACAACAAACAUUACGCUUAAAGUCACGACAAUCGAAUCAACCCCGUAUGUUAUGAUUAAAGCAGAUAAAAAUCUCACAGGUAACGAUAGAUUUGAAGGAUUUUGCAUUGAUUUACUAAAGACGAUAGCUGAUUUACUUGGAUUCAGUUAUGAGCUGUAUAUUGUGCCGGACAAGAAAUUUGGAGCAGAGAACACUUCUACAGGAGAAUGGAACGGCUUAGUUCGAGAAAUAAUUGAUAAGACUGCUGAUCUUGCAGUGGCUCCUAUGACGAUCAACUACGCCCGGGAGAGUGUUAUCGAUUUCACGAAACCUUACAUGAACCUCGGCAUCGGCAUCCUCUUCAAACUCCCCAAAAGCAUGCCUUCCCGUUUAUUUUCUUUCAUGAGUCCUCUGGCCGUCGAUAUCUGGAUCUACGUGUUAGCCGCCUACGCACUGGUGAGCCUCUGCAUGUUCAUCGUCGCGCGUUUCAGUCCCUAUGAGUGGCAGAACCCACAUCCCUGUUUCAGUGACAGCGGCGUCAUGGAGAACCAGUUCAGCCUGGCCAACAGUUUCUGGUUCACCAUCGUUACCCUGAUGCAUCAGGGCUGCGAUCUUAACCCCAAAGCGACGUCCACGAGGAUCAUCGGUGCCAUGUGGUGGUUCUUCACUCUCAUCAUGAUUUCAUCCUACACAGCCAACUUGGCGGCCUUCCUCACCGUUGAAAGAAUGAUCACUCCCAUCGAAAGCGUGGAGGACCUGGCCGAACAGAACAAGAUUGCCUAUGGCACACUGGAAGGAGGUUCGACCAUGACAUUUUUCAGGGAUUCUAAAAUCGAAACCUACCAAAAGAUGUGGAGAUUUAUGGAAAACAGGCCAUCUGUUUUUGUGAGUGAUUACGAGGAAGGUAUCAAACGCGUUCUGGAAGGAAAUUAUGCUUUUCUAAUGGAAUCGACAAUUUUGGACUACAGUGUUCAAAGAGAUUGCAAUCUUACACAAGUUGGUGGAUUACUGGACUCGAAAGGAUACGGAAUAGCUACUCCAAUGGGAUCACCGUGGAGGGACAAAAUAUCCUUAGCAAUCCUUGACCUGCAAGAAAAAGGUGUCAUUCAGAUGCUGUACAAUAAAUGGUGGAAGGGUUCAGGUGUUUCCUGCGCCAGGGAGGACAAGAACAAGGAGGGCAAAGCUAACUCUCUCGGAGUUGGCAAUAUUGGUGGAGUUUUUGUUGUCCUUUUGUGCGGAUUAGCUGUCGCCAUUGUCGCUGCGAUUGUUGAAUUUUUCUGGAAUUCCAGAAAACACGCACAAACAGAAAGAAAUCUUGUUUUUUGUUCCACACAGCAAUCCCUAUGUUCUGAGAUGGCCGAAGAGCUCCGCUUCGCUGUCAAGUGCCGCGCCUCUCGCCAACGUCCAGCCCUCCGGCGCCAGUGCUCCAAGUGCAUCCCACCCGGCGCCACGUACGUGCCUGCCGCACUGGAGGUGCCGCAAGAGAACGGGAUCAUGCAGAUGAUUGAGAUGAGGAAAUCCCCUCUCACGUACGAGAGUGCCGGCGACUCCUAGUUCCACAAGUGCCAACAUCGACACUCUUCGGCUUUCCAGCACUCUCACCAUCCGUGAGCCACCUCUUCUCUUCACAGUGCCGAGUCUCGGAUCUUUAAGCACCUGCGAUCCCCCGCAAGAGUGUGAUGUGACACCACACCUGUACAUGUCACACAGCAAGUGCACCUCCGGUUUCGUGUAAAACGAAGCAUUUUUCAAAGACCUCUUUGAAAUGUCACGAUCAGAUAUUUUCCUCAAUUAGCAAAACCAUGACGAGGAAGAUUUUUAUGUAGUGUACACUAUCUGCGAUGGUACAAAGAGGAUGACGAUACUGAUUUAGCAGUAUUAUUAGAAAAGAAAACAAACAGGGAUUUUUUUUCCGUGAAUUAUGUUUUUCUGUAGCAUUACGGACUCCUUUAGCUUAUGAAAUAUCAAAAGACCAAGAGAUUUGACUUAGGUUUUCGUAUUAUUUUAAAUUGUUUAAGACAGUAUUUAUAACAAUAAUAACGCUAGCGUUUUGAAAAAAAUUUUUAAAUCCCAAA